AUGUCUUUCAUCCUGUGCUUAGCUCUCUUGGCAGCUCUGGAUACCUCGUUGGCAUUGGCUGGCUCUUCUGGCGAAACGAGCAUCCUCUACCAAAAUGACGGGAACUGGACAAGACAUGACCAGAAUCCCAGUGCAGUUUUCUUUAAUGUUGCAACGGACUACGAGGCCGCGAAAGCAACAUGUGUUUCCAACAACGAGACCCUCUUGAACUGCCACAAAUUUUCCGAGCUUAGUGAUCAGUUCUCCUACCAGAGAUACCUUGGGAAUCUUGGUGAAAACCAGCUACUGUGGUCAUCGUGUUCCUCAUCAAGCCCAAGUGAUCAGAAUGGUGGUCUUCCUCAGUCUGGGACUGGUACCAAAUACCCUUUCCUAUGUACAAACAGUGCUUCACUGGUCCAAGAUGUGUAUACAGACUUUUCUGCCUACCCACGCAUCAACACAACCGUUAAUGGAACAACCUUUGAGGGGAUCCGAGACCACAUGGCAUUCAGAUUCAUUGGUGUCCCAUUUGCCAAGCCACCUGUCAAAGACUUACGCUUCAGGUAUGCCCAGAAUUGGGAGGGGACUCAUGUUCAAGCCACAAACUACAGUAAUGGUUGUUUACAAUAUGGGUGGUUUGAAGGUGAUACAUAUGGUCUCAACCCUUGGGGUAAUAGUGAAGAUUGCCUAUACUUAAAUGUCUACACUAGCACAAUUCCGGAGUUGCCAUUGACGGAUGAGUCUCAACUCAAACCGGUUAUGUUCUGGUUCUAUGGAGGGGGUCAAACCACGGGAACUGCCUCUGACUCUACAUUUGACGGUGCUAGUAUCGUCAGCCGUGGUGAUGUGGUUCUCGUAACAGCAAAUUAUCGAUUGAAUAUCUUCGGCUACAUGGGUCUGAACGAUUCAAUCAUUCCUGGCAAUUACGCUCUGACAGAUAAGAUCGUGGCGCUGGAGUGGGUACAGAAGUACAUCCGUGGGUUUGGUGGCAAUCCCAACAAUGUCACUAUUUUUGGUCAAUCUGCUGGAGGUGGCUCAUGUAUCGACCUAGUUACCUCGCCAAAGGCUAAGAGUCUAUUCUCAGGCGCCAUUCAGCAAUCUGCUGGUCGCGGUCACGACACAACUCCAAAUACUGCUGCAGGAUUGGUUCUUUCAUAUUUAGACCAGUACUGUUACGGCGCCAACGGAACUGGCGAAGCACGUCUCAAGUGUCUCCAAGCCCUUCCAGCAGAGACACUUCUCAACAUCACUUACAGUGAAGUCACUACCUGGCAAACAAUUGUCGAUGGCAUUUAUGUUCCCGAUAUGCCUAUAUCUCAGGUGGCCAAAGGAGCAGCAUAUGUUAAUCCAGUCAAACUGAUGAGUACCUUCAUGCCAGAAGAGGCACAAUCGUUGCUCGAGACUCUGUUGGCACCUAAUAUGACCAAUUUCACUGCCAAUUUGUGGACACUGGAAGAAAAUGGGCAGAUAACUGCUAAGCAAGUAGAUGAGAUUCUUGCUUCUAACCUAUGGCUCAUUACCAACGAGACUAUUCCCAACAAUGGCAGCACCACUUAUCCUAAUGCAUACAAUGCAAGUAUCAAUGUAGCAACCGAUGCACAAUUGGCAUGUUUUAGCGGGCAGUACGCCACCCUUGGAACUUUUGUUGCAGCCUUUGAUCCUGUCUGGGCUGCCGUGCACCAGCGAGGCUACGGCCUGAGUUACUAUGACUACUAUGACCUUUGCACUUUCCCCGUUGGAAAGCCUGAAACUCCUUAUUACCGUUGCCACUCCAGCGAUUUAUAUGAAAUUUUUGGCACCUACUAUCUGUUUAAUCUCCCAGUUCGAGUCCCCGAAGAUAUUUACUAUACCAAUGCAGUUCAGGACAUGUGGACUUCGUUUGCACGAACGGGCAAUCCCAAUGUCGAGAAAGAUUAUUUGAAAGCCCGAGGAUACAAUACGACACUCAGGUUCUUCGAAAACUGGUCGUGGCCUCAGUUUGAAAUGUGGGACCAGUCUGCUGCUAGCAUCCAGUGGCCAGACUCAGGCUAUACAGCGCUCCCGAGUCUGAGGCAUUGCAAAGUGAUCGUUCCAGAAUUAACGCUGUAA